AUGGCAGAGCCCAGUUAUCAGCAGCCUCCGCCGCAGGAUGACAAGGCAGCUGUAGUCGUCGGCAGCAAACAUGAUCAUCACGACGACAGCCUCUCGAGACAGAAUGAAGCCCCAGCAGACGAGGAGAAUCCGGCUGAUGGACAACCAUCCUCACUGGGGUCAAGAAAGGCUCUUUGGGCGUAUCUGAUUCUUUGCUUUUCGACCGGCCCGACGGCUUCAAUGGCGUUCAACUACGUGUCUGCCGCUAUACAGUCGGCUGCUAAUCUGCUCGGACACCAACCUGGAUCUGACAGGGCGUGCUCGCGACGUGGACGCAACAUCUCGUGUCUUGUUAAGUUUGGCGCUGGCGAGAUCGAUUACAUGAGCUACGUACUCUAUCUCAGGGCCAUUGGACGUGCAUUAGAAGGGGUGAUUACCAUUACCACUGGGGGAAUUGCAGAUUAUUCGAACUACCGCAAAUAUAUGAUGCUGGUAUCCAUCAUGCUCUUCGGGGCUUUUGCUCUACCAUUCGCCGGCCUCACCAAGCAAGACUACAGCCACCUCAAUGCACUGGCUGCGUUAUACAUCUUAUUGACGACAACCCAGGGCGUCUACACGGUCAUCGAGGGAUCGUACAUACCCAUCUUCAUGCGUUCGGCGGGAUGGCAUCGCUCGUCCGUACGCCUGAACGACGACGAUAACCAAGUCUCGGGCCAGCAGAGGCGAACAUGGAAGAAGGGCUUCUCCGUCAGUGUGCUUGCUAUGGUAGCAAGUAACGUCGGUGGCCUGGUAGCUCUGAUAAUCGGCGUCAUCCUCGUCUACGGACGAGGCUCGUACGUAAAGACGGGAUAUUUCAACUAUCUACUCGCUAUUACCAUCGCGGGAUGUAUUACGAUCGUAUUCGCCCUACUCGGCCUCUGGCUCCUCCCAUCCAUCCCAGGCCGAGAAAAACCCAAAGACCAAAGCAUCCUCCUCCUCCCAAUGAAAGGCUGGCUCCGCCUCUUAACCUCCAUAAACCGGUACCCAGAGACCUUCAAAUUCUGCAUUGGCUGGAUCCUCUGGAAUACAGGCUACAGUAACUACCUGGGCCUGAUUGGCUCCCUAUUCCUCGAAGUAACAGGCAUCAACCGAUCCGGCGGCGUGUACCAAGUCUGGACAUUCACGAACGUGAUCUUUGCCAUAAUGGGCAGCUUGAGCUUCCUCUUCGCCUUCGGCCGCAUCAAAACCAGCAUCCCCGUUAAGGCGUGGGCGUACGUGCUUCUGUUCGUCAACAUGCUCUGCGUCUUCUGGGGGUGUAUCGGGAUCAGCAACCGUGUCACGGUCGGGUACAAGCACCAGGCGGAGUUUUGGGUGCAGCAGGUGCUUUUUAUGAGUUCUGGGAGUGCCUUGCGGUGUUAUAAUCGUGCUGUGUAUGGCUCGUUGGUGCCCCGGGGCUCUGAAGCGCAGUUCUUCGGGUUGGAGAUCACGCUUGAUCUCGCGACAGGGUGGAUUAAUCCGCUUGUCCAGGGGGUCAUACAGGAUCAUACACAUAAUUUGCGGUUCCCGAUGAUCCCGAAUCUGCUGCUUAUGUUUGUUGCGUCGCUGCUUUAUAUCUGGGUUGAUAUUCCUAAGGGGGUGGAGGAGGCUAAGGUUCCUCUUGUUUGA